GAACGGCAUUUGACGCAAGCGCUCGGCGAUAAGCCCCUACAAAAGCAUCCUUUUCCUCGCUUGUCUCUCGGCUCCGGUGCGAGAGCAUGUCUUCUAAAACCCUAGUUCCUCCCAGGGUCGGAAUUCUCUUCCAGGACUACACCUCUCCUCCGUCGUCGUCGGCGAUCCCGUUCGAUCGCUUCCCACGGUCGGUGAUGGAGUUCUUGGACGGGGACUUGGAACUCCGGGAGACGUAAGGCCACAUUCGAUCGGGUCUGGAGCCUUGCGUGGAACCCCGUGGACGUUGGCGUUCCCGGGAUGCUCGCCUCUUGCAGCGGAGAUAAGAUGGUUAGGAUCUGGCAGAAGGGGCCUUCCCGUUCCUGGGAUCGCUCGGAAUUGUAAUUUUGUGGGAAUACAUUCUGCGUGCGGCCACUAGGUAUUCUAAGUACAGAUCUGUUCGGUCAAUUUCCUAAUAUUCUAAGUACAUAGGAUGGCUGGGUUAGCCAAGUCCCAAUGUAACAAAUUCUUCUUUGGGACAGAUUAGUUAGCAGCUGUCUUGCUUGUUCUAACCAAUCUGCAGUAAUGAAUACCUCUAUGUUUCAAAAAAAAAAGGAAAAAGGAAAAAAUCAUGAUUGUAGAGAAUGGGAUUAACUCCUGAAGGCUAACAUGCCACUUCAACUCUGCCUUCUCUUGUGUUAUAUACAAAUAGAAGGCCUUUCACAUUCUGAGGCCCGUACAAAUUAUUGCUUCUUCCACUUACCAAAAAUGGAAGGAAGCACACAGGAAACACCUUAAUGCGUUUUCUUUUAAUGCUGAUGACUGGUUCUGUGAACUCACCCAGCAUUUGGGGAACCUCAAUACAGAUCACUUUUAAGUACUGUCAUUUUUAGUGUCUUUCAAUUCAGUAACAUUGCCCAGAAGUUUUCAGCUGCUCACAGCAAUUUCUUGGCUUAUAUGCUAGAGGAACAAUACAGAAUUUAUCAUGCAUUGUUUGCACAACACUUAGUUGAACAUGAUGGAUCAAUGUGGUUGGCAGAACCUGGACAUGAUGGAUUUGACCAUAAUUCUUUUAGUGGUGUUGAACCAACUUAACAGAGGUUUACAUGAUUGAAUCUCUUCUCCUUAAGAUGUGUCACUUCUGCAGCUGCCCGUCUAAAGACAUUUGAUGCUCUAGAAGUUGUAACAUCAAAUUCACAAUCUACAGUGGCAUUGAACAGUCAAAUAUUGAAGAGUUUAUUUGCAAAUCAGUGGGCAUGGAUAAGAUCAUUUUGGAAGCAGAUAACCUUAAAAAAUUAUCAAGAUUACACAGGCUAGAAAGACUACAUCUUUGGAGGUGUUAUUUUUUACAACGAAGAUGAGAUUAUUGAUUCAGAAUAUAUUGCAGUUUUAUUCCUUCAGCUUAGACAUCUUUCUUUGAGUUACAAGUUAAGAGAUGGAUUGAUCCAUGAUGGUCUGAAAGGAUCAUUACCACCCGAAAACUUGGCUGUCAUGGAGCUGGGUUGGAAGUGGUAAUUUAGCACUUGGGCAUGGGCUUGGAGAUGAUUUUAAAGAAGUUCUCUAUUCAUGGUGUUCUCUUUGAGACAAACUUGUGAAGAAUGUCAUACGAUACCAAAUUUUUAUCUCAUCCAUCUUUCAUGCCAUGAGGACAGAAGCAUCUAAACCAGGGAUCAAUCUCAUUGGCCAUGCAGGAAGUUUGGGGCCAAUUUGUUGCAUGUAUCACUGCAAGUUUCCCAUGCCUUGGUUAGGAAAAAUAUACAAACCAUGUUAUUCCUGCACAUGGGAUGCUUGCAAAUUAACGGUGCGAAUAUGUGGACAUACCACAUUCAUCUCAAAUUCCACAGGCAUCAUGUGAGAAAUUGUUGGCUUUGCCCUAUGUAUUCAAAGUGAUAUCUUUGCAGAAUCUGCACUCAAUUGCCAUAUAUAUAUAUAUAUAUAUAUAUAUAUAUAUAUAUAUGUCAAUUAUCUAAUGCUUGGAAGUGUAGUUGUUUGACUUUGUCGGAGGUUUAUCAAGGUGUUUGUUUGACCCACGAAGCAUUUCCAAUUCUUGUAGUCGGUUAUGUUCCGUCCCUGUGGUGGCAUACUUGAAAACAAUGCAAAUUGGGAAUGGACGAAGGAUGAGUUAACAAGAUGGUUUCUUCUAAUCAAGGGGCCGCAUGGUUUGUGGUGAUUCCAUCAGCUUGUCAUGCAGAUUUUGUAACAUGAGAUGCGGAUACUGUGUUAUGAAACCAAUUUUAGCAUGUUGAGGUUUACAAGGAAAGGGAAGCUCUAAUGGAUGCCAUUACUUGGUAUUGUCUGGAAGGAGUAUCUGAUUGCUAUUCUUAGAAAGGAAAGGAACAGGUGUCCCUAACGUAAUAAUUUAUCGUACAAGUGGAGGACGCGACCGGCGUUAAUUAUCCACCUUCCACAGCUGAAAGUGACUCUUCUCUUUUUUAAGCAAAUAGCUUCGUUAGGCACGGCAGAGUUGGAACCCCUCAAAUGUGUGCCCAAACAUGGCAUGGAUGCUGCUAACCCAUGAGGAAAAAGAUAAUCUCAAACAAAUCCAUUUAAACCGGCAGGAAUAUUAAGAAAAGCGAGUCUGCUUGGUGGCUGAUUACAUUAGUGGUUUGCUUGGGAUCGGCAUGAGGCACAUCGCAGUGUGUGCUUAUCAACAAAAUGCUAUUUCUUUUGUCAAAGUUGAUCGACUACUUCUUAUCUCUCAAGUGGCAAUGGGGUACCAGAGUCUGUUACAGGGACUGGCGUUGGAGACAAAGCUACUUCCUGCCGAAAAGAUACCACCAUUGGGUGUUGAUACAAGUACCAGUCCCAGGAGCAGAGAAGAGACGAGGCUCAAGGUCCACCAGAUGAUUCAGCUAUAUAAAAAGCACUAAAACCCUCUGGCUUCUUCUGAAGAACACUUGCACACUUUUUUUCCCUGUUUCUCUGUCUCUAUAGUUGGAAGAACUUAUGUUCAAGAAACCUGGGCUAGAAGGGAAGAGACCAUGGUAAAGACAUGGAGCAGCACCACGCAAAGCUCGAGAGGUCAGCACAUGGAGCAUCAUUAAUGGUUCAGGAGGGAGAAGAAUAGAGUUGGAUGGCAAAUCAUAGAGUUGGCGAAACUGGCCUUCCUGAUUCUGGACCUUCAACUCGGUCUCUUAUUAACGGGGGGACUAUCGGCAACACUCCAUCUGCGACCAAUUUCUUUGAUCAGGAAGGAGCUGCUUACUUUGGAGAGUUGGAGGAGGCUCUCAUGCAGGGAGUCGACGGCCUAAGAGAAACAGAAGACAGAAAGUCUUUUAUCGCAACCAGCCCCGCAACACUAGAGAUCUUCCCAUCGUGGCCAAUGAGAUUUCAGCAAACUCCCAGUGUGAAUACGCAGUCAGCAAGAAGCACUGAUUCCGGCGCAGCUCAAAACUCUCUAUCUCAUCUGGAAUCGGACUUUCCAAAUAGCAGGAAGGCCUCCUCGGACCAGUCGACUAACCACAAGCGGUCGCAAGAGAUGAUGAUGGCAAGUGGUGCUUCCAGGACAGAAGCAGCAAGAAAUCCUCAUCCCUCUUCCCAAGAAGAGAGAAAGAUGACAGGUUCAACUGCAGCAAGGGACGGAAAAGUAAUUGAUGCCAAGACAUUAAGGCGCCUAGCUCAAAAUCGAGAGGCAGCCAAAAAGAGUCGGCUGAAGAAAAAGGCUUACGUGCAACAAUUAGAGUCCAGUAGGAUUAAGCUUCAGCAGCUAGAGCAAGAUCUCCAGAGAGCAAGAUCACAGGGCCUUCUCUUGGGAGUCGCAGGCGGUAAUGCGGCUAUCAGUUCCGGCGCUGCGAUUUUUGACAUGGAGUACGGUCGAUGGUUGGAUGAUAACUGCAAGAUCAUGUCGGACCUCCGAGCUGCACUUGAGGCUCACCUUCCUGACGACAAUCUUGGUGUGGUCGUAGAUCACUGCAUCAGGCACUAUGAUGAUCUCUUCCGGCUGAAAGCCAUCGUUGCUCAAUCGGAUGUAUUCCACCUCUUGAAUGGAAUAUGGAAGACCCCAGCGGAGCGCUGUUUCCUGUGGAUGGGUGGGUUUAGGCCCUCCGAGCUCAUCAAGAUCCUGAUACGUCAGCUGGAUCCAUUGACGGACCAACAGUGGAUGGGGAUGCGCGGCUUCCAGCAUUCAUCGCAGCAGGCGGAGGAGGCUCUCUCCCGGGGCCUGGAGCAAGUCCACCAGUCUUUGGCACAAACUGUUGCUGGCGGUUCUCUCAGCGACGGAAUCGAUGUUGGAAAUUAUGUGGGCCACGCAGCCAUUGCUAUGGGGAAGCUUGCCGACCUCGAAGGAUUCAUCGGCCAGGCUGACAACUUGAGACAACAAACCAUGCACCAGUUGCGUCAACAGUUGACGACCAAACAAACAGCAAGAUGUUUCCUGGCGAUCGGAGAGUACUUCACCCGCCUACGUGCUCUGAGCUCCCUAUGGGCUUCUCGCCCUCAAGAGAGCUUGGUUGCCAAUGACAGUGUCGUCCCUGCCACAGCGGACCCGCAUAUAAUUCAUCAACCACUGCACAAUCAUUUUUCAGCCUUCUGAUUGAUAUAUCUGCGCAUGGACGUGGAAGAGACAGAGAAAGGAGAAAUAUGUUGUAUGCAUUGUGAUCGAGAUCUUAUAAUAAAGAGAUGGUGCCCCGCGAAAGCAAAAGGAGGUAGGAGAGUUGAAGGCAUUUCCGAUCGUGGCUGUUCGACAAGACCAAGGGUUAGCAGCAGCAGCAGCAGCAGCAGAUCAUGAAAGUAGAGACAAGAAAGAGAUGUGCAUAUAUAUUUUUUUAGAGCAAAAUAAUACAACUAGACCUAACUUUUAUAAGAUAUUAAAAGAAUUGCGUGUGGUA